CAGCAUGCGGCCCGGUGAGAGCUUAGAGGGCUCGCGCUCGGCUCGCGGAAGAUGUAUUGAUGUUAAUGAUAUUACUAAUAGCGGCACGGAACGCUGUCUCGCGCACCCCUCGUCGGCUAAGACGAGGAUGAAGAGGGGGACGACGAAGAGGAGGCUGAGAGGGAUGAACGAGAGGAUGACGGACGGAGGGAUGACGGUGAUGCGCUGUUUUCUGUGGAGUCUCGUUCUAUGCUCGCUCUCCUCGCGCGCGCAAGGUUUCAUCUACACAUGUGGCGGCACGCUGAAAGGCCGAAAUGGCAGUAUAGAAUCGCCAGGCUUUCCCUAUGGCUACCCCAAUGGGGCGAACUGCACCUGGGUCAUUGUCGGGGAGGAAGGAAGUAGAAUCCAGCUCAUGUUCCUGUCAUUUGCCAUCGAGGAAGAAUAUGACUUCCUGUCGUUGUAUGAUGGACACCCGCACCCUGCGAACUUCAGGACCAGGCUAACAGGCUUCCAGGUUCCUCCUCCUGUCACCAGUACAGGAAAUGUCUUCUCUUUACGGUUGACCAGCGACUUUGCCGUUUCUGCACAUGGCUUCAAACUCAACUAUGAAGAGCUCCACAGUACAUCUUGUGGGAACCCCGGUGUCCCACCCAAAGCAGUGCUGAGCGGUGGCGGACGUUUCGCCGUGGGAAACCGAGUGCAGUACAGCUGCGUUCCUGGUUACGUCUUGGACGGCCAUGCCACGCUAACCUGCAUCACCAAUGCUGGAAACACAGCCGUCUGGGACUUUCCUGCUCCGAUUUGUCGAGCUGAGGACACAUGUGGGGGCACUGUGAGGGGCGGCAGUGGGGUGGUGACCAGUCCCGGUUACCCCGGCAACUAUGGUAACCAGGCCGACUGUACUUGGAUCCUAUUGGCCGAACCUGGAGACACCAUCUCUGUCAUCUUUACAGACUUCCAGACAGAGGAGAAGUAUGACUACCUGGAAGUGGAGGGAUCUGAACCACCAACCAUUUGGUUGUCAGGCAGUAAUGUCCCCUCUCCCAUCGUUAGCAACAAGAACUGGCUCCGACUGCAUUUUGUGACUGAUAGCAACCAUCGUUACCGUGGUUUCAGUGCACAUUAUCAAGUGAAGCGAUCAGUAGAUUUUAAAUCGCGGGGCGUUAAAUUAUUCCCUGGCAAAGACUCCAGCAACAAGUUUUCAAUAUUAAAUGAAGGUGGUGUGAGACAGGCAUCUAACUCCUGCCCUGACCCGGGAGAGCCAGAGAAUGGAAAACGCCACGGCGGCGAUUUCAGCAUUGGCAGCGUGGUGCAGUUCAGUUGCGGAGAAGACUAUGUUCUUCAGGGCAGUAAAACCAUCAGCUGCCAGAGAGUGGCUGAAGUCUUCGCAGCCUGGAGCGACCACAGACCGGUCUGCAAAGUGAAGACAUGUGGCAGUAAUCUUCAAGGGCCGUCAGGAACCUUCACAUCUCCGAACUUCCCAAUUCAGUAUGAGAGCAACGCUCAGUGUGUGUGGAUAAUUACUGCUUCAAAUCCCAAUAAGGUAAUCCAGAUCAACUUUGAAGAGUUUGACCUGGAGAUAGCCUAUGAUACUCUGACUAUAGGAGAUGGAGGAGAGGUUGGAGAUCCUACAACCAUACUACAGGUUCUGUCGGGUAGCUUUGUUCCUGACCUGAUCGUCAGUAUGACCCACCAGAUGUGGCUCCACCUACAGUCAGAUGAGAGUGUCGGUUCUAUAGGAUUCAAGAUCAACUAUAAGGAAAUAGACAAAGAGAGUUGUGGCGACCCUGGAACUCCUCUCUACGGAAUAAGAGAAGGGGACAGCUUCUCAAAUGGAGGAAUCCUGAGGUUUGAGUGCCAGUUUGGCUUCGAGCUGAUUGGAGAGAAAACUAUCUCCUGCCAAGACAACAAUCAGUGGUCAGCAAACAUCCCCAUAUGCAUAUUCCCCUGCAUGUCCAACUUCACAGCUCCCUCAGGAACUGUCCUCUCCCCAGAUUACCCAGAAGGCUAUGGGAACAACAUGAACUGUGUCUGGCUCAUCCAAUCAGACCCAGGCUCCAGAAUCCACUUGGCAUUUAAUGAUUUUGACCUUGAGGCACCCUACGAUUCCCUAACGGUGAAAGAUGGCGAGACAAAUGAUGCCGGCGUCAUCGGGAGGUUCUCUGGUGCCGAGAGUCCUUCCCAUCUGACGUCCAAUACCAACACACUGAGGCUGGAGUUUCAGGCUGAUCACUCCAUGUCAGGAAGAGGAUUUAAUAUCACAUACAGUACAUUUGGCCAUAACGAGUGUCCAGACCCUGGCAUUCCCAUCAACGCUCGCCGCUUUGGAGACAGCUUCCAGCUUGGCAGCUCCAUCUCUGUGGUCUGUGAGGACGGUUUUAUCAAAACCCAAGGGACGGAGACCAUCUCCUGUCAGUUAGAAAAAGGAAAAGUCAUGUGGAGUGGGCCCAUCCCUAAAUGUGAAGCCCCGUGUGGAGGCCACUAUUCAGCCCCAAGCGGAGUGAUUUUGUCACCUGGGUGGCCCGGUUACUAUAAAGAUUCCCUCAGCUGUGAGUGGGUGAUUGAAUCAGAACCUGGACGCUCCAUCAAAAUCACAUUUGACAGGUUCCAGACAGAGCUGGGUUAUGACUUCCUGGAGAUCCAUGAUGGCCCAAACCUCCUGUCUCCUCUGGUUGGAUCCUUUAAUGGUACCCAAGUGCCCCAGUUCCUGUUCAGCAGCAGCAACUUUCUUUAUUUGCUGUUUACCACCGACAACAGCCGAUCAAAUGCUGGCUUCAAGAUAUUAUAUGAAAGUGUUACAGUGGACAGCUACUCUUGCCUAGACCCUGGUAUCCCUGUCAACGGUAUUCGGUACGGGCAGGAUUUCUCCAUCGGGUCCACAGUAUCGUUUGGUUGUGAUUCUGGCUACAGACUGAGCCAUGAGGAGCCACUCGUAUGUGAGAAGAACCACUGGUGGAGCCACCCUUUACCUACAUGUGACGCUCUGUGUGGCGGGGACGUUAGAGGUCCCUGGGGAACCAUCCUUAGUCCCGGCUAUCCAGACAGCUACCCUUCAUCUCUCAACUGUACCUGGACUGUUGAAGUCAGCCACGGCAAAGGAGUCCAGUUCCAGUUCAAUUCUUUUCAUCUGGAGGACCAACAUGACUACCUCUUGGUUACUGAGAACGGAAGUUUCGUGCAACCACUGGCUCGCCUGACCGGCAACGAGUUGCCUAGCAACAUCAAUGCGGGUCUCUAUGGCAACUUCAAAGCCCAGCUGCGAUUCAUCUCUGACUUUUCGAUUUCAUAUGAGGGCUUCAACAUAACUUUCUCUGAAUAUACUUUGGAGCCUUGUGAGGACCCUGGGAUGCCUCGGUUUGGCAGGAGAAAUGGCUACAGUUUCGGCAUUGGAGACACAUUGUCUUUUUCCUGCAAUAUGGGAUAUCGCUUAGAGGGGGCGCCGGAGUUAAUCUGCCUGGGAGGAGGGCGGAGAAUGUGGAGCUCACCUCUACCGAGAUGUGUCGCGGAGUGUGGUUCUUCGGUCAUAAACAACGAAGGGAUCCUUCUGUCUCCAAACUACCCGAUGAACUAUGACAACAACCACGAGUGCAUCUACAGCAUCCAGGUACAGGCAGGGAAAGGCAUCAACAUCUCUGCUCGAACCUUCCAUCUCGCCCAAGGGGAUAUACUCAAGAUUUAUGAUGGUAAAGACAACACAGCCCACGUUCUCGGAGCAUUCACAGGGUCGUCCAUGUUGGGCCUGACGCUGAUCUCCACUUCAAACCAUCUUUGGCUGGAAUUUUACAGUGAUGCAGAAAGUACUGGGGAAGGCUUCAAACUGGUGUACUCCAGUUUCGAGUUGUCUCAUUGUGAGGACCCAGGCGUGCCUCAGUUCGGCUUCAAGGUCAAUGACCAAGGUCAUUUCUCCGGGAGCAGCAUCACAUACAGAUGCGAGCCCGGAUACACUCUGCAUGGAGCCUCAACACUGAAGUGCAUGACAGGAGAACGGAGAGCCUGGGAUAACCCUCUGCCUUCUUGCAUCGCGGAGUGUGGCGGCCGUUUUAAAGGGGAGUCUUCAGGGAGGAUCCUUUCCCCUGGAUACCCUUUUCCUUAUGACAAUAAUCUGCGCUGCACCUGGACCAUCGAGGUGGACUCAGGAAACAUUGUGAGUCUCCAGUUCUUGGCCUUUGACACUGAAGCCAGCCACGACAUGCUGAAGGUUUGGGAUGGACCACCUGAGAAUGAAAUGUCUUUGGCAGAGCUCAGCGGGUCUCUGCUACCUGAGGGAAUCCACUCUACCCUGAACACUGUCACCGUUCAGUUUGAGACUGAUUUUUACAUCAGCAAAUCAGGAUUCGCGAUUCAGUUCUCCAGCUCAGUAGCUACAGCCUGCAGGGACCCAGGUGUACCAAUGAAUGGCAGUCGUAGUGGAGAUGGCCGUGAGCCGGGGGAUUCGGUGUCCUUUCAGUGUGACCCAGGAUACGAGCUCCAGGGGGACGACAAAAUCACCUGUAUACAAGUGGAUAACAGAUACUACUGGCAGCCCAGCCCGCCUGUCUGCAUAGCUCCUUGUGGAGGAAACCUAACUGGCUCCAAUGGAUUUAUACUGUCUCCUAACUACCCACAUCCCUACCCUCACUCCAAAGACUGCGAUUGGCUCAUCGCUGUCAACUCUGACUACGUCCUGUCACUGGCCUUCAUCAGUUUCAACAUUGAGCCAAACUAUGACUUCCUGUAUAUCUACGACGGUCCGGAUAGCAACAGUCCUCUGAUUGGUAGCUUUCAGGACAGCAAACUCCCAGAGCGGAUAGAGAGCAGUUCGAAUACCAUGCAUUUAGCAUUCCGCAGUGACGGGUCUGUUUCUUACACUGGAUUUCACCUGGAAUACAAAGCCAAGCUGAGGGAAUCGUGUUUCGACCCAGGUGUGGUUCUGAAUGGGACCAGGCUGGGAUCCGAUUAUAAGCUUGGCUCCACUGUUACCUUCUAUUGUGAGGCCGGAUAUGUUUUGCAGGGCUAUUCUACACUAACCUGCAGUAUGGGAGAUGAUGGCAGACCUGGAUGGAACAGGGCAUUGCCUAGUUGCCAAGCUCCCUGCGGAAGUCGUUCUACAGGAACAGAAGGGACUGUUUUAUCUCCCAACUUCCCCAGAAACUACACCUCUGGACAAACCUGUGUCUACUCUAUAUCUGUACCCAGAGAGUUUGUUCUCUUUGGCCAGUUUGUGUUGUUCCAGACGUCUCUGAAUGAUGUGGUGGAAAUCUACGACGGACCCACUCAACAAAACACACUGCUGUCUUCUCUCUCUGGGUCCCACUCUGGUGAGUCCCUCCCUCUGAGUUCGGGAAACCAGAUCACGAUAAAGUUUACCACAGUCGGACCAGAGACUGCGAAGGGAUUUCACUUCGUCUACCAAGCUGUACCGAGGACCAGCUCCACCCAGUGCAGUUCAGUCCCCGAGCCGCGCUUUGGGAAGCGUCUGGGUAAUGACUUUGCAGUCGGCUCGCUGGUGCAGUUUGAGUGCAACCCCGGUUACGUCCUGCAUGGCUCCACUGCCAUACGGUGUGAGAGUGUACCUGACAACCUGGCACAAUGGAAUGACACCCUGCCGACAUGCAUAGUUCCCUGCGGGGGCGUGUUGACCCUUCGCCGUGGGACCAUCCUGUCGCCUGGGUAUCCAGAGCCCUACGACAACAACCAGAACUGCGUGUGGAAGGUCUCUGUUCCGGAGGGGGCUGGAAUACAGAUACAAGUUGUUAGUUUUGCCACUGAGCAUAACUGGGACUCUUUGGAUUUUUACGAUGGUGCCGACAACCACGCACCGAGACUGGGCAGCUACUCUGGCACGACCAUCCCCCCUCUCCUGAAUAGCACAUCUAACAACCUCUAUCUCAGCUUCAGCUCUGAUAUCAGUGUCUCAGCUGCUGGUUUUCACCUGGAAUAUACAGCUAUCGGUCUGGAGUCGUGUCCAGAGCCUCAGACUCCAAACUAUGGAAUAAGACAAGGAGACAGAUUUAUGGUGGGAGAUGUCGUGCAGUUUUCAUGUGAACAAGGAUACUCUCUUCAGGGUAAUGCCCAUAUCACCUGCAUGCCUGGACCUGUUAGAAGAUGGAACUACCCUGUACCACUAUGUCUUGCCCAGUGUGGUGGGUCUAUGACAGAUGUAAGUGGAGUGAUUCUAAGUCCUGGUUUCCCCGGCAACUACCCCAGUGGAUUAGACUGCACAUGGACAGUCAACUUACCUGUCGGCUUCGGUAUCCACCUUCAGUUUCUGAACUUCUCGACCGAAGCGAUCCACGAUUACUUAGAGAUCCGCAGUGGCACACUGGAAUUGGGCUCGGUAAUCGACCGGUUCAGCGGUCCAGUCAUCCCCAAGCCUCUGUUCAGCACCACCCACCAGACCAGCUUCUUCUUCCACAGUGACUACUCACAAAACAAACCAGGGUUCCACAUCACAUAUCAAGCCUACCAGCUCCAGAGUUGCCCAGACCCUCGGCCAUUUCGAAACGGCAUCGUGAUCGGCACAGACUUCAGUGUCGGGAUGACGGUGUCGUUUGAAUGUCUGCCUGGGUACUCUCUGAUCGGGGAGGCUUCACUCACAUGUUUACAUGGAAUCAGCAGGAACUGGAAUCACCCGUUACCACGAUGUGAAGCUCUCUGUGGUGGCAACAUCACAUCGUUAAAUGGAACCAUUUACUCUCCUGGUCACCCUGAGGAGUACCCCAACUUCCAGGACUGUGUGUGGAGUGUCAGAGUUCCUCCUGGACACGGGAUUUACAUCAAUUUUACCGUACUGAGUACUGAGCCCAUAUAUGACUACAUUACCGUCUGGGAUGGUCCAGACCAGUCAUCUCCUCAGAUUGGCCAGUUUAGUGGGAACACAGCCUUGGAGUCUGUCUACUCGACUUCCAACAUCAUCCUCAUCAAAUUCCACUCCGACUUCUCCGGAGCCGGCUUCUUUGUCUUGAGCUACCAUGCCUACCAAUUAAGGGUUUGCCAGCCUCCUCCAGAAGUGCCCAAUGCUGACAUGCUGAUGGAGGACGGCGAGUUGGAGAUAGGUGACAUCAUCAGGUACAGAUGCCAUCCUGGAUUCUCAUUGGUUGGCAGUGAGAUUCUGACAUGUCGCCUAGGAGAAAGACUACAGAUGGAUGCACCACCUCCAACAUGCCAAGUCCAAUGCCCUGCGCAUGAUGUGCGAUACGACUCGUCAGGUGUCAUCCUGAGCCCCGGUUGGCCGGAAAGCUACCCUAACCUUCAGAUGUGUUCAUGGAGUGUCACAGUAGAGAAGGGAUACAACGUCACCAUUACCUUUGAAAGUUUCCACACUGAGAGAGAGUUUGACGUGUUGGAGAUUUUUGAUGGCCCAACACCCAACAGUCCUACUCUGGCGACGCUGAGCGGCGACCUGCCAACACCCUUUAACCUCACAACCUCUGGUCACCAGUUCCUGGUCCGCUGGUCUUCAGACCAUGGCACAAACAAGAAAGGCUUCAAAAUUCGCUAUGUUGCCCUGUACUGCUCCACCCCAGACUCUCCGCUCCAUGGCUCUAUCUCCUCUCAGAGUGGCGGCCAUGUUAACAGCGUGGUGCGCUGGGCUUGCGACCGUGGUUACCGUCUCAUAGGCAACGCCACAGCAACCUGCCGCCGCACACCACUCGGCUACCACGCAUGGGACUCUCCUGUGCCAGCGUGUCAAGCUGUCUCAUGUGGGGCACCCAAGGCUCCUAUAAACGGCGGCGUUUUAACAGCCGACUACUCCGUCGGAACAAGAGUUUCCUAUUUUUGUAACGACGGGUACAGACUCUCCAGUAAAGAACUCACAUCAGCCAUCUGUCAGCCUGAUGGGACAUGGAGCAACCACAAUAAGAUACCACGGUGUUCAGUGGUAGUGUGUCCCAGCAUCGGGUCAUUCUCUUUAGAACAUGGCCGCUGGAGGAUCGUCAACGGCUCACACUACGAAUACAGAACUCGCAUCGUGUUCACCUGCGAUCCGGGAUACUACAGAUUAGGGCCCGCCCACAUCCAGUGCUUAGCCAAUGGUAUGUGGAGCUGGAGAAAUGAGAGGCCGCACUGCCAGGUUAUAUCCUGCGGUGAGCUGCCAUCUCCACCCAACGGGAAGAAGAUUGGUACUCAGACUACAUUUGGUGCUACAGCCAUCUUCACCUGCGAUGCUGGCUUCAUGCUGGUGGGGUCAGCUGUCAGAGAGUGCCUGUCAUCUGGGCUUUGGAGUGGAACGGAAACACGAUGUUUAGCUGGUCACUGUGGAAUCCCAGAGGGCAUUGUGAACGGCCAAGUGAUCGGGGAGAACUUCGGUUACCGUGAUACAGUCGUGUAUCAGUGUCUGCCUGGCUUUCGACUAAUAGGCUCAUCGGUUCGAAUCUGUCUCCAGGACAACCAGUGGUCUGGACAACUCCCCGUCUGUAUAUCGAUCAGCUGUGGCCAUCCAGGAAGUCCCAUAUAUGGUCGUACAGUGGGAAACGGCUUCAACCUUAACGAUGUGGUCAGCUUUGUUUGUAACCGGGGUUAUGAAAUGGAGGGGCCUGCACGUGCUCAGUGUCAGGCCAACCGCCAGUGGAGCCACCCGCCCCCAACGUGUAAAGUGGUCAAUUGCUCCGAUCCAGGUAUCCCAGCCAACUCCAUCCGGCAGAGUAAAAUAGAGCAUGGGAACUUUACCUUUGGCACCGUGGUUUUCUACGACUGUAAUCCGGGGUAUUACCUGUUUGGAUCACCUGUGUUGACCUGUCAACCUACGGGACAGUGGGACAAACCACUACCUGAAUGUAUAGUUGUAGACUGUGGUCAUCCCGGCUCUCCUCCUAACGGUGUGCUGAGUGGAGAUAAGUUUACAUUUGGUUCAACGGUUCGAUACUCCUGUCUGGGCGGAAGACAGCUGAAAGGAGAAUCAUCCAGGACUUGUCAGCUCAACGGGAUGUGGAGUGCCCCUAUGCCCUUCUGCUCUGGCGACACAGCCGGUUCCUGUGGCGAUCCUGGCAUCCCCUCCCAUGGUUCAAGGGAACAAACCGAUUUCAGGAUCCGUUCCAAGGUUCACUUCAGCUGCACCGAGGGCUAUGACCUAAUUGGUUCUGCAGAAAGGAUGUGCUUUCCUAAUGGGACAUGGUCCGGCACACAGCCCUUCUGUAAACCUGUCCAGUGUGGUAACCCUGGCACUCCCAGUAAUGGCAGAGUAUUUCGUUUGGAUGGAACAACAUUUUCCCACUCUGUCAUCUACUCCUGCAUGGAUGGCUACCUGCUCACCGGCGCCACCACCAGGCUGUGUCAGGCCAACGGCACCUGGUCAGGAGUACAGCCCAACUGUACCAUGAUAAACUGCGGGGAUCCAGGUGUGCCAGCUAACGGCCUUCGCUACGGAGAAGACUUUACGAUUGGUCAGAACAUUUCCUUCCAGUGCCAACCAGGAUACAGAAUGGAGGAGGAUGGAUCACCUGUGAGGACAUGCACCCAGAAUGGGACGUGGAGUGGCAAUAUGCCAAUAUGUACAGCGGUGACCUGCCCGGCUCCCCCUGCCAUCAGUAACGGGGUACUGCAGGGCAGUGACUUUGAAUGGGGCAGCAGCGUGAGCUACAGUUGCUCACCUGGAUAUGAGCUCUCAUUCCCAGCUGUUCUGACCUGCGUGGCCAACGGCACCUGGAGCGGCAUGCUACCACAGUGCUUGCCCAAGUUUUGUGGGGACCCAGGUACUCCGGUCGGUGGGUUCAGAGAGGGGCGAAGUUUCAUCUACCAGUCAGAAGUCUCCUUCACUUGUGCUCCUCCUCUCAUUCUGGUCGGCACGGCAACCAGACUCUGUGAAAGUGACGGUACCUGGAGUGGCACACAGCCUCGCUGUAUAGAACCGACCAAAACCAGCUGUGACAACCCCGGGACGCCGCGAUACGGCUCCGUAAACCGGACCUACGGCUUCAAGGUGGGGAGCGUGGUGUCAUUUCAGUGCCAGCCAGGUCAUUUGAUUCAGGGCUCUUCCUCUCGAACCUGCCAGCCUGAUCUGACUUGGAGCGGGGCGCAGCCCGAGUGCAUACCCCAUGCCUGCAAGCAGCCGGAGAGCCCGCUCCAUGUGGACGUGGUGGGGAUGGAUCUGCCUGGUUUUGGCUACACCUUGGUGUACAGCUGUCAGCCUGGCUAUUUCCUGGCGGGAGGUUCUGAGCACAGAGUCUGCAAGAGUGACGGCACAUGGACAGGAAAAAUGCCUAUAUGUCGAGCUGGAGAGAAGAAGAAACCUGUGAAACCAGCAACAGGAACUCCCAGCCCCAAACUAAACGUUCCAGAUGACGUAUUUGCUCCUAACUACAUAUGGAAAGGUUCCUAUAACUACCGUGGGAGGAAGCAGCCUAUGACACUGAGCAUCACCAGCUUCAACUCCACAACAGGGAGAGUCAACGUUUCCCUUAGCAACGGCAACAUGGAGCUGCUCCUAUCAGGAGUGUACAAGGCCGCUGAGGCCAGGCUGUUACUGCUGAUGUACCAGGUGAACUAUGCGAACCAGGGAAACCAGCUCAAAGAUUCAGCCAUCUCUCCAGCCAAAAUCAUAGAUGACUCCUGGACCAUGGAUGGAUUUGUGUCAGCAGAGCCUGAUGGUUCUAGUUACGUAUUCCAGGGUUUUAUUCAGGGAAAAGACUACGGACAGUUUGGACUGCAAAGACUGGGUCUGAACAUGUCAGAGAGUCAGAACUCGCCACCCCCUCAGCUUGGUACCAACAGCAGUUCUGUGGCUAUCGCUAUUCUGGUGCCUUUCUUUGCUCUAAUAUUCACUGGCUUUGGAUUCUAUCUCUACAAACAAAGAACAACACCAAAAACACAGUACACAGGCUGCUCAGUCCAUGAAAACAACAACGGCCAGGCUGCCUUUGAGAACCCCAUGUACAACACGAACGCCAAGGCUGUGGAGGGGAAGGCUGUUAGAUUCGAUCCGAAUCUAAAUACUGUCUGCACCAUGGUCUGA